AUGGAAGCCUCAGAACAGAUAACAGGGUACCAACACAAUAGUACUCCUCGACCGCCCAACCAACAACGACGACUGAACAUCAUUAUUGACGAUCACGACCAACAAAAAAUCCUCCUGGCCCUUCAAACGGUUUUCGCCGACAUCGAAUCAGUGCAUCACCAUCCCGAAGACUCGAAGUUCUUGGAGAAGGCUGCUGAGGCGGUACUAUUGGAUUACUGGGACCGAUUCGAUCAGUAUAAAGGACGUGUGUUCCGUAAGAAUCUCCAGAAUGUCUUUAGAAACUCUGACCAAAAUGAUACCGGGGCCAAGAUGAAGUAUUAUCGCAAAUGUUUGGAUGAAGUGGUGAAUCAUUCAAAUAAUCAUUAUCAGCCUCCCCUCAGAUCACUGGCACUAAGUUCAACUUCAAGUUCUUCUAUUGGCACAUCAAGUUCUCAUCAAGCGGCUGCUUCUACUUCCACUGCUACCCGAAACCAUAGUGUUUUUAAUAAUAGUGGCCUAAAUAAUUCAUCCUACGGGUUCGGUUCAGGAGAUUUAGUAUAUUCACAAGAAAACAGCACCAAAAGAUUGAAGAUUGAUAAUAUUUUGGCGUUCCCGAAAGUCGAAACCGACCUCUUCCCCAACCAUUCAUAUUCCUCUGCCAGUCAAGGUCUUCUCCAAAUGGCGGGACUAUCACUGAAUGAACCAAAUUCCAAGGCUGGACAACUGUAUUCCUCUGAUAUCUACGAGUUUGUGUCGGCGCUUAAUCAUUUAAAGACCGGGGAGUUGCUGUAUCCUCAAGCCACCGCUGCCAAUGGUAACUAUCAAGGAAAUGGCAAGGCUCCAAUACAAGACUACACACCAUCGUCACCAUCGUCUUACAAAAUGUCAGCAUACGUGGACAAUAGGAACACCUCGAGCACAACCUCAUCACAGCUCACUAGCUCUGUAUCGUCAUAUGAUAAUCACACUAGUAAAUCGUUAGGUAAUGUUGAUGAAAACACUUCUUGCAAUGAUCCGGUGGAAAAAGUAUUCAAGUGUGGUUCUUGUCCACUUUCUUUCAAGAGGAACUCCGAUCUCAAGCGACAUGUCAAGACCCAUCUGGCCACCCUUCCUCAUAUUUGUAACAACUGUGGCAAAUCGUUUGCCCGGAAAGAUGCCUUGAAGCGUCAUUAUGGCACGCAAACGUGCCAUAGAAACCGAGACAAUCGCACGUACAUUGAUAACUUGAAGUUAUUGACCGAGGAAGAACGCAGCAUGGACAUGACGGUAAAUAGUCGUCAAAAGAACCCUGGGUGA